UGCUGGUUGAGCUGCUUUGCCUGAAAUGGCAGAAGCCAGUAUUUCAGUAGCUCAAGAUCAGUUCAUCUGUUCGAUCUGUCUGGAUCUCCUGAAGAAACCAGUGACCAUCCCCUGUGGACACAGCUACUGUAUGAACUGCAUUACUGACUACUGGAAUUACCAAUCGAAAGUUUACAGCUGCCCUCAGUGCAGGCAUACCUUCAAACCGAAACCUCCUUUAAACAAGAACGUGGUGAUGGCAGAAAUGGUGGAGAAACUGAAGACAGGAUUAUUAAAUGCUCUCAGCUAUGCAGGACCUGGAGAUGUGGAGUGUGAUGUCUGCUCUGGGAGAAAAUAUAAAGCUGCGAUAUCCUGUCUGGUGUGUCUGGAAUCUUACUGUCAGACUCACUUUGAGCGUCAUGAGGAGUUUCACUCGGGCAGACACAAAGUGACCGAUGCUACUGGACAACUGAAGCAGAUGAUCUGCCCAAAACAUAAUAAACAGCUAGAAAUCUUCUGUCGUACUGAUCAGUGCUGCAUCUGCUAUUUGUGUACUAUGGAUGAACACAGAAACCACGACACUGUAGCAGCCGUAGUGGAAAGGACAGAGAAAGAGAAACAGUUGGAAGAAACACAGAGAAGAUUCCAGCAGGUAAUCCAGGAAAAGGAGAAAAAGCUUCAGGAACUGAAAAAGCCUAUGAAGACUCCUGAGCGCUCUGCACAGACAGUGCAAGACAGUCAGCGAAUUGCUGAACCAGCCUACUCCACUGCGGUCACAGUGAUCAGAGAUCAAGAAAACACUGCAGAGAGUCGAGAUGAAGGGCAACUGGACGUAGGUCAACUGGAGCAGGAGAUUGCAGAUCUGAAGUGGAGAGAAGCUCAGCUGGAGCAGCUUUCCAUCACAAAUGAUCACAUCUGUUUUCUACAGUGUUUCCAGUCUCUCGUUUCACCUCUUGAAGCCUCAGAUGGAUCCAUUAAGAACAGUUCUGAUGUGCGAAAAUCUAUCUCUGAACUGAAAGAGCAACUGUACAGUUUGUGCAGAGAGGAGGAGAAAAAGAUAUCUAACAGUGGUGAAGCAAGACCACCUCUACCUCUCAGAACACAACUUCCACUACCACCACGCCAUCCGUCUCUCCAGUCACCACCCUCACCACCGCCACCUCUCCGUUCUCAGCUACCACUUCCACCAACACCUCCAUCUGUCCAACCACCACCCUCACCACCCCCACCAUUCCAACCACCACCACCACCACCACCAGCUCUCCGUUCUCAGCAACCACUUCCACCAACACCUCCAUCCAUCCAAUCAUCAAAUCUACCUCUCCCACCUCCCCGUUCUCAGCAACCCCUACCACCUCCAUCUGUCCAAUCACCACCUCCAGCACUCCCAGCUCUCCGUGCUCAGCAACCACUUCCACCAAAACCUUCAUCUGUCCAAUCACCCCCUCCACUUUCCCGUUCUCAGCCACCUCUUCCACCUCCAUCUCUCCCAUCACAUCUACCACUCCCAUCUCCUCGUUCUCAGCAACCACUCCCACCACCACUUCCAUCACACCAACCACCACCCUCACCACCCCCAUCUCUCCAAUCACCACCUCCAACACUCCCCCCAUCACCCCCACCUCCCCAAUUACCACCUUCAUCUCUCCUCCCAACUCCACAAUCACCAUCUUCAGCAAUCCCCCCAUCUUUCCAAUCACCACCUCCACCACUCCCCCCAACACCCAUAGCUCUCAGAUCACAACCUCCAGCACUCCCAGCUCUCCGUGCUCAGCAACCACUUCCACCAAAACCUCCAUCUGUCCUAUCACCCCCUCCACUGUCCCGUUCUCAGCCACCUCUUCCACCUCCAUCUCUCCCAUCAUCACAUCUACCACUCCCACCUCCUCGUUCUCAGCAACCACUCCCACCACCACUUCCAUCCCUCCAACCACCACCCUCACCACCUCCAACACUCCCCCCAUCACCCCCACCUCUCCAAUCACCACCUACAUAUCUCCUCCCAACUCCCCAAUCACCAUCUUCAGCACUCCCCCCAUCUUUCCAAUCACCACCUCCACCACUCCCCCCAACACCCCCAGCUCUCCGAGCACAACCACCUAUCCCACCGCCCAAACCUCUCCGAUUACAAAUCCCACCAUCUCCAACUCUCUAUUCACAAACUUCACCCCCGCCACUACCCCCACCUCUCGGUUCACAAACCUCACCACCACCCUUACCCCCAUCUUUCCGACCAAAUCACUGAAGGCCUGGGUUUACAAUUUUUUUUGCUCUAACUUUCACAACACAUUUUAAACUAUACUCAACUGUGGAUGAGCAUGGAUCGGGGACUUUGACCACCCGUGGACUUCAUCUGUGUGACCAUUCACCUUGUAACUGCACUGUUGUAGUAGUUCUAUGUGCCUACUGCCUAGAGAUAAAAACUGGCCUGCACAAAAACGUUCACGGACAGUUCUGAUGUCUCUAACUGAAUUACAAGGAAACUGCACAGAUCUGCUUUGUUGUUCCUUGUUUUUAUCCAAGCGUAAACAAUCAAAAAUUCAUUUUGAUUCCCAACGUUUUGGCAUGUGGCAAGCCUCAAUGAAAAACAAUCUUCAUAAACCUCAAAUGCAAUCUUAUUAACUAAAAUGGACACACAGUGAAAACAAAAUCACCUCUAUAUCCCUUUUAAAAGUUUCAUUAUAUGAUGUAUUUUCCUUUAAAUUGUUCUAAGCUUUGUUUUAGAUUGUUCUACACUUUGAUCUACAUUGUGGUGUUGUGUAAAAUGCUUUGAUAGUGCAAUAGCAUACUGUACUCUUGUUUGAUUAGAGCAUGGGUCUCAAAUUCAAUUCCUCGAGGGCCACAGCUCUGCACAGUUUUUCU